AUGAACGUGAGAAAAUUAGGCCUAUUCACUUCUGUUGAGCUGGUGAAAGCUUACCUCGCGAGGAUUGAAGAAGCUUCAGAAUUCAAGGCUGUGUUGCAGAUCAAUCCUGACGUACUUGAUGUGGCAGAAAGUCUGGAUCAGGAGCGUACUCGUUCAGGCAGCAGAGGUCCACUGCACGGUAUACCUCUCUUGAUCAAAGACAAUAUCUCCACUCUGGACAAGCUGGAUGCUUCAGCAGGCUCAUAUACCCUGUUGGGGGCAAAGCCUCAUGUCGAAUCUUCUCUGGUGACUAAACUGCGACGAGCUGGAGUUAUCGUUCUGGGAAAGUCGAACAUGUCGGAAUGGGCAAACUUCAGAGGCUUAAAUAUCAGUGGUGGCUGGAGUCCGAGAGGCGGUCAAACGUUAGGAACCUACUAUCCUAAUUCGAUACCAAGGGGCAGAAGUUCGGGCUCUGCAGUCGGUGUAUCUUUAGGACUUUCGACUGCGGCUUUGGGCACAGAAACCUGGGGCAGUAUCAUGGGGCCCGCUGAAGUCAAUAACGUCGUGGGAUUCAAGCCUACACGUGGACUUGUUGCUACUGAUGGUACAAUACCGAUCUCCAGUCGACAGGACGUUAUUGGCACCUUGACUCGAACAGUCAAGGACGCGGCAUACCUGCUCAGUAAUAUGGCAGGACGUAGUGAACGAGAUGAACGAACUUGGAAUAUUCCACUUCAUCCAAUUCCAGACUUCACUAGGUACUGCGAAGGGACCAGCUUUGAGAAUGUUUCAAUUGGGGUUCCUCGCAAUACUUGGGAGGGCGAAUCACCACGCCCAAUCGAAGCAUCAUUCGAAGCAGCACUGGAAAUUAUGCGCUCCGCAGGGGCGAGGAUCGUUGAUAGUGCUGACUUACCUGCUAUCGAUGAGUUCAAGUCGCUCAACAUGCAAGUCAAAGGCAUCGUGCGAGCCUCUGAAUUUAGGAGAGACAUCCGCCACUAUCUUCAGAGCCUCGUGACCAACCCGAACAAUGUUCAGUCUGUUGAAGAUAUCAUCGAAUUCACAAAGUCACAUACAGAAGAGGAAUACCCAGACAGAGAUACCGCUAAAUUUGAAUGGACGCAGGCUGAAGGGGUCGAUGUCGACAGUUCCAAGUAUGCAGAAAUGAUCAAGCAAGAAAACUAUUUUGGCGGCCCUGGCGGUAUACUCGGAGCAAUGGAACAGUUCAAUCUUGACAUCCUCACAGUACCAGCCGACCAGGACGUUGUGAACGAUCUCGCCGCUAAAAUGGGGUUCCCGGUUAUAUCAGUGCCGCUCGGGUUCUGGCCUGAUGACACGCCCGUCCAGCACGACUCACGAAAACCGAAUCUUGUGAAAAAGGGCCCAGGCAUGCCAUACUCGCUAUUGUUUGUCACCAAGCCAUACGCUGACGACAUGCUCUUGAAGGUGGCACAUGCAUACGAGCAGCUCGCCCGAGUACGAGAGAACGGACCGAUACCUUUCAAAGUGCCGCAUACGGAGCUGCGUGACGUUCAAAUCAAAGACGAGAAAAUUCGAUCAAGUCAUAGGGUGUAG